AAGCACUAAAGUGUAACAAACUGAGAGAUCUACGACAAAACAGAUCUGUGGCAACUGGCAACUUUUUAGUCAUUGGAUUCAUCAACAACAAUUGUAUCAAACAAAAACACAAACACAUUACUCACACAUUACUCAUCUCCUUCACUUCACAUUACUCACACAUCCAUGGAAAUUGACAAGAUUUUCAACACCGGUUUGCUCAUUGUGGCUACCAUUUUGGUGGCCAAACUUAUCUCAUCGUUCAUAGUGCCCAAAUCAAGAAAGAGACUUCCCCCGGUGAUGAAGGGGUGGCCCCUCGUUGGAGCCCUUCCCCGUUUCCUCAAAGGUCCAAUUUUUAUGCUCCGCGAAGAGUACCCAAAACUUGGAAGCGUCUUCACCUUGAAGUUCUUUCACAAAAACAUCACUUUCUUGAUUGGCCCUGAGGUUUCUUCACACUUCUUCAAGGCCCCAGAGAAUGAACUCAGCCAGCAAGAGGUGUAUCGGUUCAAUGUGCCAACUUUUGGACCUGGGGUGGUCUUUGACGUUGAUUACUCUGUGAGGCAAGAGCAGUUCAGGUUUUUCACUGAGGCUCUUAGGGUCAACAAGCUCAAGAGUUAUGUCAAUCAGAUGGUUGCAGAAGCUGAGUACUAUUUCUCAAAGUGGGGACCAAGUGGGGAGAUUGAUUUGAAGUAUGAGCUUGAGCAUCUGAUCAUCUUGACAGCCAGUAGAUGCCUUUUGGGCCGUGAAGUUCGUGACAAGCUCUUUGAUGAUGUCUCUGCAUUGUUCCAUGACCUUGAUAAUGGGAUGCUUCCAAUCAGUGUCAUCUUACCAUACCUGCCAAUCCCAGCUCACAAGCGCCGUGACCAAGCACGCGCAAAGCUUGCUGAGAUCUUUGCAAACAUCAUAGCAUCUCGCAAGAGUGCCAACAAAUCAGAAGAUGACAUGCUGCAGUGCUUCAUUGACUCAAAAUACAAAGAUGGUCGCCCAACAACCGAAUCUGAAGUGACUGGACUGCUCAUUGCUGCGCUUUUCGCAGGUCAACACACAAGUUCCAUUACCUCCACUUGGACUGGUGCAUACCUCCUGUGUAACAACAAGUACCUUUCAGCCGUGUUGGAGGAGCAGAAGAUGUUGAUGGAAAAGCACGGGGACAGAGUUGAUCAUGAUGUUUUGGCUGAAAUGGAUGUGCUGUAUAGGUGCAUUAAAGAAGCCUUGAGACUCCACCCCCCUCUGAUUAUGCUGAUGAGAAGCUCACACACUGAUUUUAGCGUCACAACAAGAGAGGGGAAAGCAUAUGACAUUCCCAAGGGUCAUAUAAUUGCGACAUCACCUGCGUUUGCUAACAGGCUAAGUCACGUUUUCAAGGACCCUGAUAGGUUUGAUCCUGAUCGAUUUGCUGUUGGCAGGGAAGAAGACAAGGUGGCAGGUGCAUUCUCAGUCAUUUCAUUUGGAGGAGGCCGACAUGGAUGCCUCGGUGAACCCUUCGCAUAUCUGCAGAUAAAAGCAAUAUGGACUCAUCUGCUGAGGAAUUUUGAACUGGAGUUGGUGUCACCUUUUCCUGAGAUCGAUUGGAAUGCCAUGGUUGUAGGAGUGAAAGGAAAAGUGAUGGUCCGAUAUAAGCGGAAGGAGCUUUCUCUUAAUCAAUAGGACCAAAUGUUUCAGUGUUUGGCAUCAUUUUAUUUUAAGCAGCUCUUGUUAGUCUUUCUGGUUCAGUUUCAGUCCUAGUUAACUGUUUUUCACCAUGGAUUUCUAGAAUCUUGAUUUUGAUUUUAUGUAAUUUUGGCAAGUGUUUUCAACUUACUUUGGUUUUUUCAUGUAUUGGUUGAUAGUAACCUGUGUUGAAGUGAAAUGGUAAGAUCAAAAUACAAAUUGCGAA